AGCUUCCCGCCAGCCUGUGCCCUCAGCCCUCGCCUCCCUGAGCCAGGACAAAGCCCCGGCAGUGACUGGGAGGGGAACAGGAGGAGGGACAGAGGGAUGGGAAAGGCUGCACAAAGGAAUUCCUCACCCCAAGCCCCCUGACCGCCAGCAAGUAAAGAAGCAGAUUUGCUCUCCCUCCCCCUUCCUGCCUUCCAUCUUCCCACCCGGGCUGUGCCCAGGCCACAGAGCAGCUGCAGGCCUAGGGAGAGGACCCACACAGCCUCCUGUAGGUGGCAACAGUGCCACCUGUUUGACUCAUAGGGCUGAACCGACGACUGAAAAAGGGAGGAGGCAGACCACUCGGAGAGGAGCUGGGAAGCAGUGCAGAGAGCAGAGUGGAGCGGAGCUGCCACUGAGCAAAGGCCUUCACCAUGGCCGAGUCCCCCGGCUGCUGCUCCGUCUGGGCCCGCUGCCUCCACUGCCUGUAUAGCUGCCACUGGAGGAAAUGCCCCAGAGAGAGGAUGCAAACCAGCAAGUGCGACUGUAUCUGGUUUGGCCUGCUCUUCCUCACCUUCCUACUCUCCCUGGGCUGGCUGUACAUCGGGCUCGUCCUUCUCAAUGACCUGCACAACUUCAAUGAAUUCCUCUUCCGCCGCUGGGGACACUGGAUGGACUGGUCCCUGGCAUUCCUCCUGGUCAUCUCUCUACUGGUCACAUAUGCAUCCUUGCUAUUGUCCCACCACUCUCUGCCCCCAGGUCCUGGCCCUGCUCCUGCGGCUUUGUAGACAGCCCCUGCAUCUGCACAGCCUCCACAAGGUGCUGCUGCUCCUCAUUAUGCUACUUGUGGCCGCUGGCCUUGUGGGACUGGACAUCCAAUGGCAGCAGGAGUGGCAUAGCUUGCGUGUGUCACUGCAGGCCACAGCCCCAUUCCUUCAUAUUGGAGCAGCCGCUGGAAUCACCCUCCUGGCCUGGCCUGUGGCUGAUACCUUCUACCGUAUCCACCGAAGAGGUCCCAAGAUUCUGCUACUGCUCCUAUUUUUUGGAGUUGUCCUGGUCAUCUACUUGGCCCCACUAUGCAUCUCCUCACCCUGCAUCAUGGAAACCAGUGACUUACCACCCAAGCCUGGGCUGGUGGGACACCGAGGGGCCCCCAUGCUGGCUCCCGAGAACACCCUGAUGUCCUUGCGGAAGACAGCUGAAUGCGGAGCUACUGUGUUUGAGACUGACGUGAUGGUCAGCUCCGACGGGGUCCCCUUCCUCAUGCAUGAUGAGCACCUGAGCAGGACCACGAAUGUAGCCUCUGUAUUCCCAACCCGAAUCACAGCCCACAGCAGUGACUUCUCCUGGGCUGAACUGAAGAGACUCAAUGCUGGGUCCUGGUUCCUAGAGAGGCGACCCUUCUGGGGGGCCAAACCGCUGGCAGGCCCUGACCAGAAAGAGGCUGAGAAUCAGACAGUACCAGCAUUAGAAGAGCUAUUGGAGGAAGCCGCAGCCCUCAACCUUUCCAUCAUGUUCGACUUGCGCCGACCCCCACAAAACCACACAUACUAUGACACUUUUGUGAUCCAGACAUUGGAGACUGUGCUGAAUGCAAGGGUGCCCCAAACCAUGGUCUUUUGGCUACCAGAUGAAGAUCGUGCUAAUGUCCAACGACGGGCACCUGGAAUGCGCCAGAUAUAUGGACAUCAGGGAGGCAACAGAACUGAGAGGCCCCAGUUUCUCAACCUCCCCUAUCAAGAUCUGCCACUAUUGGAUAUCAAGGCAUUGCACAAGGAUAAUGUCUCGGUGAACCUAUUUGUAGUGAACAAACCCUGGCUCUUCUCCCUGCUUUGGUGUGCAGGGGUGGAUUCGGUCACCACCAACGACUGCCAGCUGCUGCAGCAGAUGCGUUACCCUAUCUGGCUUAUUACCCCUCAAACCUACUUAAUCAUAUGGGUCAUUACCAAUUCUGUCUCCACCACGCUGCUUUUGUGGACCUUCCUCCUCCAAAGGCUUGGAAACAGCAGUGCUGCUGACGAGGAUCAACAAUUUCAUGAUGGAGUGAAUGCCCUGCCCUGCCUCCCCACCCAAGGCAGUCUACAUUGCGCAAACAGCAAGGGUUGGAGAGCAGCUGAAAUGGAAUGCUUCAGGGGUGGUGGGUUGCAGUGAGAGGAGCUUUGCCAACAGGAGAUUUUGAACCACGAGGGCCCCUUGCCUAGGUGAUGGGCAUUCCCUAAGCUGCUAUGGAAUCUGCUCCCCUUGGGGUUUUGACCUGAGAUGUUUGGGAACACAGUGAGUCAUCAGAAGUCUCUCCCCAAAUGAAACUAGAACAGAGAAAGUAAAAGAGAGAUUGUUCGGA